AUGAAGUCCGCAGUCUUCGCUGGUCUCCUGGCUACGGCCUACGCCACUGAGGUUCAGUCCACCGUGUACGCCACUGAGCAGAUCACCAUCACCUCGUGCGCCCCUACCGUCACGGACUGCCCUGCCCGCUCCACCGAGGUGUCCUCCAAGGUCCACUCCUUCACCCAGAGCACCGUCUACAGCACCGAGUUCGAGACCAUCACCAGCUGCGCCCCCGAGGUCACCAACUGCCCGGCCGAGUCCACCGUUGUGUCCUCCUCCAGCUACUCCGUCAGCACCACCCUGGCCCCCAUCCCGGAGACCUCGGCCACCCCCGCCCCCUCGGGACCUGCUGGCACUCCUCCCGCUGGCACUCCCCCCGCUGGCUCUGGUGUUCCCCCGGUUGCCUCCUCCGGCCCCGCCCCUGGCCCCUCCGGCCCUGCUGGCGUUCCUAGCUGGGUCUCCUCCAGCUCCCCAGUGACCACCGGUGCCCCCGGCGGCGGUGCUGGCGGCGUCUGCCCCACCUACUCCGUCAAGACCAUCUCCACGACCACCGUCGUCCCGACCGUGCUCUACGAGACCGUGGCCGUGCCUUGCGGCCCCACCGGUGUGCCCCCGGCCCCCUCCACCGGAUUCGGUGUCCCUCCCCCGGCUGGUGGCAACGGAACCGUCACUGGCUCCGUCCCCACCCCUACCUCCGUCGUCACUGCUGGCGCCGGCCGCACCUUCGGUGUCUCCGCCGCCCUGGCCGGUGUUGCUGGUCUCGUCGCCUUCCUGGCCUAA